AUGGUGUUUCCACUGGGAGCCACACAUCCUGACUGCUCCAUCAUUCUCCACUUCCAAGAGCAAGAAGCUGAAUGUCUGGAGACCAUCAGGGGGGAAAGGGAGAGGGCAGAGACCCCCGGGCAGCAGGGCUGCAGGACCCAGUGGGAUGGGGUGAGCUGCUGGGGGGCCCUGCCCCCGGGCCACUCCCGAGCCCUGCCCUGCCCUGACCUGCUCCACGUCUUCAAGAAGUCCCAAGGGCUGGUCUGGAGGAACUGCACGGAGCAGGGCUGGAGCCCCCCCAGCCCCCCCUACCACCAGGCCUGCCAGCUGGAGCCCUUGGGGGGCAGCAACGACACGGAGACCAAGAAAGGCUAUUUUGUCACCGUGAAGGUGCUUUACACCUGUGGCUACUCCACGUCCCUGGCAGCCCUGCUGCUGGCCAUUGGCAUCUUCUCCUGCUUCAGGAAGCUGCACUGCACCAGGAACUUCAUCCACAUCCAUUUCUUCACCUCCUUCGUCCUGCGUGGGGCUGCUGUGUUCAUCAAGGACCUUGUCCUCUUCUCAGAUGAGUCCAUCAACCACUGCACCAUGUCCACGGUGACCUGCAAAGCAGCCAUUGCCUUCUUCCAGUACUCAGUCCUGGCCAACUUCUACUGGCUGCUGGUGGAGGGGAUGUACCUGCAGACCCUGCUGCUGCUCACCUUCACCUCGGACAGGAGGUACCUCAGGUGCUACAUCCUCCUUGGCUGGGGUGUCCCCAUGCUGACUGUCUGCAUCUGGGUGGUCACCAGGCUGUGCUAUGACAACCAUGGGUGCUGGGAUGACUACACCAGUCCGUACUGGUGGGUGAUCAAGGCUCCCAUCCUCUUGGCCAUAUUUGGGAACUUCCUCAUCUUCCUCAACGUCACCAGAAUGUUAGCCCAGAAGAUCUGGUCCCCAGACAUCAGCAGGAGCCACAAGCAGCAGUACCUGAGGUUGACCAAGUCCACGCUGCUCCUCAUCCCUCUCUUUGGGGUUCACUACGUGGUGUUUGCCCUGUUCCCCCAGCACGUCGGCCUGGACGCCCGGUUGUACCUGGAGCUGGUCCUUGGGUCCCACCAGGGGUUCCUGGUAGCCCUGCUCUACUGCUUCCUGAAUGGAGAGGGGAACCUGCUGGACCUGGGGGGCCAAGAACAAGUGGCUGCAAAGGAUGAGGAAACGUCCAACGUGGUUCCUGUUCCCAAGAGGUUGGACCUGUGA